GUACUUACAGCGCCUUGAAACGGAACAUAGUGAGAGGUCUUUACUUCUUCCAUAUCCCAGUUAAUACUUAGGGAGAAUGGUGACAGAGGAUGGAGAGACAAGCUGCGGCACAAGAAAUAGACAAGAGGUGACGAGAAGGCAAAGUGAAUGAGUGUUGGUGCAUGAGGCCUUCAGGUGCUGCUAGGAGAACCCAUGGAGCCGGACAUCAUACCCUUGCACCCCUCCUCCCCCCCUCCACUGGAUGAUGACGAUGGUGAUGGGGAGGCGGGGUCAGAGGAGGACGAAUUUGGGGAUUUUGGGGGGUUCUCUGUCGAGGUGUCCUGCUCGCCUCUUGGCUUUAUUGAUUCUACAGAUUCGCCAUCCAGCCUCAGGCAGCCUUCUACCACCACAAAGCCAGCCACACAUCAGCCCAACUGUAGCUUGAAUAACCCAGUUGAACAGUCCCAACCCACAUCCACUGUGGACUCGGGGUCCGGCAGGGGCAACAUUUACGUGGAAGGUCAGGAUUGUAAUGCAGAAUCAUGUGUGCACCUCACAAAUGGUUACUCUGAAAGAGACCACAACUCUGGGACCCACAUAGCGUCUGCAGUGGGUGCAUGCUCUCCCAUGGAAGAAACAGGGUUUGCUGAUUUUACUGUGUUUACAGAGCAGGCAGCACAUCCCUGGUGCUGUGGCUUCUCUCCCAUAGGCAGCAAAGAGCAAUGGGAUAGCAGAGGGGAUGGGACAAACUCUUCCAACAGCUUGGGUGAACAAAUCUGUUAUCCAGGACAGGAGGUUGUUAUGGACUCUGAGCCCAGAUCCCAAUGUGCAUGCAAGGCAAAAGAAAACGUUUGCACUAAGGUCAAGCACUGUGACAAAAGAGAUGCAGCACUCGUGCAACCAUCUCAGGACCACCAUCAGCCUCAGGAAGCUGCAGCAGCAGCUUUGGAUUUUCCACCCGAAGAAACUCAUUAUGGGGAGGAGGAGUUAGGCAAGCCUGGAGACGGCCUGGAGAGGGAAAAGAGGCAUAGUUUCAAUUCUUUACAAUCCACAGGGGUGCAGGAGGAUGGAGUGUCAGACGAAGAUGGAGAAGAUCGGGUAAAGAGCACUUCUACUGUCCCCCAAACAUUUAGUGUGUAUGAGUCUGCUUCAGAGGACCUGGCGUCCUUCUCUGAUGAUUUAUCAUUUGAGGGUCCUUCUGCGGACUUGGAACCAAAUGUUUCAUCUCUUGUUUCACCGGAGGAUCAGACUGACUGGGACCAGACUGAUGAUGAUGAUGAUGAUGAGGAAGAAGAACUGGGAAAUAACAGGCAUUCUGACUGCUUUUUCACCAACAGCAUGGCAAAUCUCAGACAGUCUAAGGCAGAGGAGGGUUUUCAUUAUUGCAACCCAUCUGCGACUCAGGAAACUUCUGCUACCUCCAACCAGUCACAACCUGGAACACAUACAGAAGACGAAUUUGCAGACUUUGAAGACUGUAGUUUUGAGCAUCACAGGGACCAAGGGCGUGUGCAAAGUGCAGACGCAGUGGUGCAGAGUCUAGGAAAGCUCCCACCGAGUGACAGCUUUGCUGAUUUCUGCUCAGCGCCCACACUGGAGGAUGGAGAGGGGUCGUGGCCGGAGUUCAAGGACCAGAGGGCUCAGGAGGAGGGAAAAACUUGGACGCAGUUCAGAGAGCCAGUCAGCAGCCUGCAGACUGAUGGGGACACUGAGGAGGAGCAGGACAGGGCAGGGCAAUAUAGGGUUUCCAGGAGGAACAGCUGUCAGGUGUCUCUGUCCUGCCGUGUCCAGCAGCUUCUCCUGGCCAGUUUUCCAGAGGUAGCGGUCCCAGCGGUGGAAGGUGGGGAGGAGGGGCUCAGCCUCGGUGCUCUGCUUCACGCCGGACAUCUCCCUGAGAGUGAGGAGGAGGAGGAGGAGGAGGAGGAGGAGGAGAUACCCAAACUCUGUCCCAGAUCUCAGCGGAUUCGGCGCGGGGUGUGGUGGCCACACCAGGACCUCCACGAUGCAGUCGGCCUCCAGUUUCAGUGGGGAGGUUCCCACGCAAAUAGGACUCUGCUCAGGUGCCUUGGUGUGGAGACGAGGAACAUUGUGUUCAUUGGCAUGAAGAAGCAGCCAGUGGCUGUGCCUGCCUUUGCAUCCAGCCUGGGAAUGCUAGAGCCCACCAAAGACUCUGUGCCAGCUGUCUGUUCUCCAGGACACACAGCAGUCACAACACUAGCACCUCCAGGGCCCCGGGACACACCGGACCCCUCAACAGAUUCAAUGCCGGAGGCGCUGCCUUCCAGCCAUCUGGACUGGAGCAGCCGUGGCCUUAGCAGCUCUCAGGACGGUACGUCCCCUCGCCGAGCCCCUCACUUCUGGGGCUGGAAGUAGACUACAGUAUCAGCCGCCUCCUGCGUGGCUAAGCCUAAACCUUUGACUUUCCUCUGGGCUCCUCUGGACUCCUCCUCACUUCCUCCAGGGCAUGUUCUGCUUCUUUUCAUUUCCGCUGUGUUUCCCCUUUAUUCACUCAGCAGUAUUGGGUGACCACAACAUUUUUGUGAUUUGAAUGAAUUUCCACUCGUGAAUAACACAGAUAGACCCGGUGUUCAAAAAUCACGUUUUUGUCAUUAUAGUUUGUCCAAACUUGAAAACUAACCGAGUAUGUAACAUCCAACAGACCCAAAACUGGGACUCAAGUAAGCGAGAGGUGAAACCAAACAGAAGAAUGACCCCAACAGUUACAGGGGAAACACUGUACUGGCUUCCCUUUUCUCCCUCCCUUCAACUACUCUAAUUUGUCAUCUUCAGCUGCUGCCACCUUUUACAAAGAAUUUAUCAGUCUCAGUUGUUAUGGGGAAACCGGGUAUGGUUAAAGGCUACUGAAAACUAAAGUGAAGUCUACUGAAACGAGAUGUGCAUUACUGUUAUUGUACUUGAUGAUUCUGAAGUUGUCGUUUUUUAAACUACAACACAAAACAUCUGAGGGUAAUAUGCUAAAUUAAUGUCACAUUUGCAGAGAACACAUGGAACCCGUCAUAAUGUGUACCAUGUUGAUUUACCAGAUGGGUCUGUUCUAAGGACCAUUUUAAUUUCAUGUAUUGGUGGCCACAGCUAACUCUUCCAGUAUUAAUACCGUGGUUUAUCUUUUGACCAGUGCUGUAAGCACUUUAGACUUAGCCUAUAAAUCUGACCGCAUUAUCCAAUAUUUGGCUUUAUUUGACACUGAAGUGUCUUUAGUUUUUUUAAUGGAAACUAUUUAUGUGUUCACAUUAGCUUGUAAAGUGUUUCUGUUAGAACUCUUUUGGUGGAGAAAUCCAUCAAAAAAUGUUAAAAAAAAGAAAGAAACCAACAGGUAUUAGUCAUUAUUUGCUCAGGAACAAAUGUGAUUUAAUAAGAAUCCGAUUUAGUACGGUCAUGUUUAGAUCAGUAUUUACCAUAGACUGUUAAAAUGAAUGGACAGCGCAUGUGUGACGUCACCCAUUGGUUUGUGGAGAUCUGCUAUG